UCACGAUGAAAGUAUCAAUUCUAUUGCUUGGGUUGGGUCAGUUGCUGCUCCUGGUGAGCAAGAAAUCCUCGACAGCGAUACGUGUCCAUUGUCGGGAUGUGGAGCGCAUCCAUGAGGAUCACAUACACUACUGCUGCAAGCAUCCCGAUGGUCAUAACGAUGUCACCGAACAGUGCGCCAAGCAGACCAAGUUCAAGCUGCCCUCACGCGACGAAGAGGCUAUCGAGGAUCUGACCGUGGAUCAUGUGAUGACUGGCACCUGUUUUGCCAAGUGCGUGUUCGAUCAUUACAAUUUCAUGGACAACGACAAGCUGAACAUGACAGCUGUGCGCAAUCACUAUCAGACUACCUACAAAGAGGAUCCCGAAUAUGUCAAGGAAAUGAUUUCAGCCUUUAAUCUUUGCCACUCUAAAUCCGAGGAUGCCACUGCUGAGUUCUUGUCCACCUCCAUUGUCAGGGCUUUCAGCAGCAGCGCUUACAGCUGCAAACCGAUGCCAAGCGUGGUCCUUGCCUGCGUCAUCCAUCGGUUUUUCCACAACUGUCCCCGGAAUCGUUGGUCCAACACAACCGAGUGUGUGGAGACCUUGGCCUUCUCCAAGAAGUGCAAGGAUGUCCUGACCACAAUGUGA